AUGAAAGUGUUCACGGUAGGCUUAGAUGAGAAACCACCGAUAAAAGAGCAUCCGGAGCCUGAAAAUGUUACUGUAGUACCGCCACCGAUGAUUGCUGUUGAAAAGAAGAUCAAAAAAAGCUAUAAGGGUUAUAUGCUAUGUUUUGCUACGCUGUUUUUCGUCCUAUUCUUCGCAAUCAUCAUCAGCGAAAUUGCAUACAACCGUGCCCGAGAUGAAAGUUUCCUGCGCCUAAGAUGGGCUGAAUUACGGCAUCGUAUGGGCAUGGGCUGCAGUGAAUGUAACCAGCAAAGAAUUGCACAAACACUCUACAGACAAAACCGAUAUGAUCCAUCACCAGCUAUUGAAACCAAGGAAGUGGUAACUACUAAGACUACAACACCGACCCUACCAUUGGUACAGACAAAUGAUGACACAACAAAAACCAGCAAGAUUACAGAUCCCAGAUUCGAAUUUUUACGUCAAGUUUUAAUGAAGAUUAAGGAACAGGCUGAAAAACAAGGAUUUGAUGGAACCAUGAGGGUUUCCCUAAUCAGAGUUGACCCCAUUGAAGAUGCACAAGAUAAUUCGGUGCUGGACGGUUUUGGAGAAGUACAACAACCACAGCAAUUUGGAAAUCCAUUUGAAUACCAGUCAACCAGAGAAGCUGACAGAAUCUUUGGUCCAUGGCCCACAGAAGACUACUACAACCAUGAAGAUAACAGCCCCCGAAUGGUUGAGAUCUUGGCCAAUCGACGUACUGAAAUGGGUCCCCAGAUACAUGGACCAAUGGAAAUUCUACAAAUGCCGUCCGGCAUUAUGGACGCCUCAACCGCUUGGAGUAGUUCAUUCCUACCAUGGGUAAGCAGCAUGAAUCCAGGACAGAAAACUUAUGAGACGCACCAGCCGAUACAACAACCAGAAUAUGUCCGUUUCUUGAACAUUCAACAAUGGCCACAAAACGCACAACCACAACAAACUCAGUGGCAAACCUACCAGCAGCAAGUAGCUCCAGUUCAGAAUGCGCAGUGGUAUAACGUGGAUAAUCAGUGGCAACAGAAUCCAUUCUGGCAGUGGCAAGGAAACCAGUGGCAACAGAUAUCGAACCCAUGGAACCAGUGGCAACAAAUACCGAACGCUUGGAAUCAGUGGCAAAAUGGAAUUGCAACAAACACAGUUCAGCAACAACAGCAACCGCAACAACUGCCGCAAGUUCAACAACUGCCGCAGGUCCAACAGCUUCCACAAAUAGAACAAAUGCCCCAAAUUCAGCAAGUGCCAACCGUUCAACAACAGCCACAAGCACAUCAGGUUGAACAACCACAGCAACAAAUGCAGCAACAACAAACUGUUUUUCAGUGGCCGGUACAGCAAUCAGCAAAUUCCGUUCAGGAUGACAACAGAUGGGAGGCGUUACUUCAAAAUAAUCAGUGGACAGUUCAACGGGCUACUGCUGAUAACAACCAGGUAAAUCAACAGACAGAUGUUGCUCAUCCAGUUCAGUGGUGGAACACGGGUAGCAAAUGGAACACUCAGGUCGCUGAGAACCAACAGGAAUCUCAACCUUCUGUAAUGCUUCCUCUUUUGAAAAUGAGCUCUUCUGAAAGAUUUCAUCGACUUUCUCAAGAAAAUACUGCUUAUCCGCAAGGAAAUGCGGUUCCUGUCAUACAACCACAGAAGGAGUUACCUUGGACUCAUGUACCACAAGCAUCUAAUGAGGUGCCGGAAGCUGAACAGAAAGUUAUCUUAACAAGUGUAGAGCAUAAAGAAAAUCCUGCUAAAGAACAGGCGAUUUCGGCGGAUAAACAAGUUCCAACAAUUACUCCACAAGAUACGUCUUAUGUAGUUGAUCAAUCUGCGCAUGAAGUAGCUCCGGUACCACAAGUACCGGAUAUUGCUCCAAUUGUGCCAGUAGUUCAGCAGAAACCUGAAACAGUGCAUGAGAAGUUGCCUCAAGUCCCGGAGGUGCCGGAAGUGGGAGGAGAUUUUAAACCAGAACCUGCUGAAGACCCGGUUAAACAAAAACCAAUUCCGGCUGAUGUUGCUGAUGUCAAAGUUGAAGAACCAUUACCAGAACCUGUUCAUCACGAACUACCAGAAUUGGAAAUUUCUUAUCAAAAUCACGAGGGGCUUCCAUUUGCUGACAGCGAAGCAUCUGAAGAAGAACCUCAAAAGAUCGAUUUCCCAGCGUUCAAAUUUCCUCACGAAUCCCUGAACGAGGCUAAUGAGGAUCCAGGUCGUGUCUUCUUCCAGGUUGACGAACCGCAACCACAAUUCAAUGAAGCGGAAGCAUUUGCGGCAAAAUAA